AUGCUUGUAUUUAUAAAAUGUAAUCAAACAUUAUUAACUGGAAAUCAAACUUGUGCAAAUGAAAAAGAAAUAGAAGACUUUUUUACUUCUGCUGUUAAUUAUAUGGUAUUCUAGAUAAGUUUAAAAUAAUUUAAUUCAAAAACUGAAUAAUUUGAAUUUGUAAAAAAGGCCUUUUAUUUUUCAAUAGACAAAGCAAUCGCAACGUAAGGUUAAAUUUUACUUAAGUAAGCAGAAGCUUUUAUUGACAAUGGAAUUAUAUUAGGGUCAACAGUAAAAUAAACAUUUGUUUAAGAUAUUUAAAUCUUGACUACAUCUUCAUCUCUAAAUCUAUGGCAUUAAAUUUUAGGAUUUGAUUCUUAUUUCAAUAUGAUAUUUCGUCUUGAUCCAGUUUCUUAAAAUAUCCAAAUCUCAUAUCCUAAACUUGGAGAGGUUUUGGCUUAAGUAGGAUCAAUAGUUAAUGUACUUAUGCUUUUAAAAUAUAUAAUUUUAUUCUAUAAUGAAAAAUUAUUAGAAAAUAGUUUUAUAGAUUAAGUGUUAAGCUUCUAUUUUAUUGAUUACAUUUAAUUGAAAAACUCAAAAGAAAAUAAAAAUAAAAAGUUUUGUUCUCUUUUAGUUGAACAAGCCUAAAAAAAGCUAGUUUACAUAAAUAUCAUAUAUGAAAUUUCAAGAAUAUAAUUGUUUCUCUAAAAUCAAUUUGGCCGUAAAAAGGUCUUAGAAAGUCAUUAAAUGGGAAUUCUAUUAUAAUCUCCAAAUUAGAAUCAAAAUUAAAAUCAUAAUUUUGAUUUAGAAUAAGAAUUGUUUAAAUGUGAAGAAAAUUUAGAUGAAGAAAAUACUGCCUUUCAUAUAAAGGACUUUUUUUUAUUAAGUCAGCCUAAUAAAAAAUUAAACCAAGUAGAAUAAUCAUCUGCAGAUAAAUAUAAUCUAGUAAAUUCACCAAAUAUGAACUCUUAAAGAAAUUGA